AUGGCGUCUCAGCAGCCGCAGAAGGCGCAAGGCCUGCCCAACCCCUAUGGUCUUCCAAACCCCUACGCCCAGAAAGGCCUUCCAAAUCCGUAUGCUUCGGCCACCAUCUCCGCUGCGCCUGUCAAAUAUACAGAGGAACAGGCCAAGGCCGAGCAACACAAGAAAGCACCUGCUUUCCAUAAUCCACACAAUAUCAAGCGUCCCCAGGCCAAGAAAGCUGGCCCAACCAUCAAGAAGGCCACCAUGCCUGUAGCUGCACCACUCUCUUCUUCGGGUUCUGGUCCGGCCAACAACCAGCAGCAUGGCAUCGACUAUUACCGCAGCACCGUAGAGGACGACUUGUCCAUUAUGGAAGAAAAGAGGAUCCGCAAUUAUGAGGAGAAGCAAAGGAAGAAAGAGCAGAAGAAGUUCAACAAGAUAUUCGGACAGUGGAACCCUCAAGCUCCCCACAAACCCGAGCGAUACUCCAACCUUCGAGCAUACAAGGCCAGUGGCGGAUACCGGCGCAAGAAGGAAGGCUUCACAGCUUUCUUACGGGGAGCUGCCGCCCAGUACAAGUCUCGUGACGGCAGUGAGGAGACCAACGGUUCCCAUUCAGCGUCUUCUUCGAGCCCAAUGCCUGCUACGUUUACCAAACCGUCUUUCGCCCCGCCUGCAUCUUACGAAGACAGCUCUGCAAUUCCCUCGUCUGACCUGUCAGGAGAAGACGCUUAUGCCCGUCGCAUGCGCCUGUCCCAGCAACAGCCUGACGUCGUACCGCCCCCGCCUCCAGCAGUCACUGACGAUAACCCUCCGCCCCCACCUCCGCCGACCUAUCAAGGUGCGACUAUCUCUGCACCACCGGUACGCUAUGCAAAUGCGACUAUAUCUGUACCACCAGUCCGGUUCGAGCGCCCCGACGUUCAAAUGGAAGAUGCAGACAACGAACCAUCCCGCGAAGAACGCCCUGCCAAGCGCGCUAAGAUUAGCAAGGCGGAAGCAAUGAUGGCUAAAAUGGGUUAUAAGAAGGGCCAAGGUCUCGGAAAGAACAACGAUGGUGUUAUUACCCAUCUAGAAGUGAAAAAACGUAAAGUCCCACAGGGUGCAAGCACUCUCGACGACGAAAACGGCAAGGUCAAGUCACAACAGGUCUGGGAUGUCAGUGGUGGUAUGCGCACUCAGAAAGACGAGCCUGGCAAGUUUGGUGCGGAGUCCGCUGUUGUGGUCACUUGGGGCUGUGUGGACGGUGUCGACUGGGAUGCCAAUGCCGAACGCAACGACGGUGGUAUCCGACAAGACAUGGGUGAAGCGUUCAGCAACAAGUUUGGUCCAGUUGAGCAUGUUCAACUAGAUGAGAACAACCAGGACGGCGUAGUUUAUAUCCACUUCCAGUCAGUUCUCAGUGCCCUCAACGCCGUCAACCGCUUCGAUGAAGGAUGGGAAUUCAGAGGCAGGAAGAUCACUGCCAAGUUCUACGACGAGCGCAAGUUUCACUCUGGCAUUUACGAUCACUAG